UAAAUUAUUUUACAAAAUUUAUUAUUUAAAUUUAUUUACAAGAUUAUCAGUUUAUAACUUUAUCUCACAAAUCCCGACAAUUCCAUACCGACACUUUCUAACAAUUUUCUAACCAAAUUUUCUAACCAAAUCUUCUAACCAAAUCUCUCUCACUCAAUUAACUAAUUAACUAAAUAAAUAAAUAAAUGAAUUAUUGUGUGAAAUUGUGUUUAUUGUGUGGCGAUGCAGCGGAUGUGUGAGAUGGUAGUUCCGCUGUUGAAAACUGACACUCAGAGCCAGUGGUGUCGUUAUCACAUACUAAACGUACAAAUUCUACAACUUCUACUCAACGAAGGAUACAUCAGAGGCUACUCCGUCCACGGCGAUCGCAUCAACAUUCUACUCAAACAUUACAAAGGCGCUCCCGUGAUCCGUAACGUGCGUGUGAUAUCAAAGCCGAGUCGUGAUAUUUGGGUGACGCCGCACGAGUUAAAGUCAAGGACGAGGUUUAACACUGGCCUUUGGGUACUACAAACGCCCGUAGGCGUUGUUUCCCACAGGGACUGUAUUAACAUGGGAAUCGGCGGGAAAAUGCUCAUCGCUGUCAACAACAACUUUCAACACUUCUCAUAACCAACACUAUUUUACUAUCAUUAUU